CCCGGUUUUCUCUCUCUGUGCAAAACUUCUAUAAUUUUCUGUUCUGUUCUCUCGCUCCGAUUAAAAAUGGACCCUUCAACUGGACCCGCCGAUCAGUACCCGCCGGACAUCGAUCCGAAGGCGGAGAAUGAGGAGGAAUCGUCAUCCUCCCCAACCGUGCUCGACCUCACGAGUUUUCAACUCCACGAUCUGGAAACGGUGGAGAUUCCACUGAGUCUAACCGAGUUAGACUUGACGGCGAACCGUCUGUCGACGUUAGACCCCCGAAUUUCCCAACUCCCCAAUCUCAAAAAGCUUUCUUUUCGUCAGAACCUUUUUAAUGAUGAUGGAAUCCAGCCUCUUUCAACGUGGGACAUCAUUUCCGCCCUCGAAGAGCUAGUUCUCCGGGAUAAUCAGUUGAAGAAAAUUCCUGAUGUUAGCAUAUUCAAGCAGCUUCUUGUGUUUGAUGUUUCAUUCAAUGAGAUCUCAUCUCUUAAUGGACUGUCUAAGGUCUCCAGCACUCUUAAAGAGCUUUAUGUUUCUAAAAAUGAAGUUAUCAAGAUGGAGGAGAUUGAACACUUUCCUUCACUGCAAAUUCUUGAGCUUGGAUCAAACAGAAUACGGGUAAUGGAAAACCUUCAAAACUCAACAAGCUUGCAAGAACUAUGGCUUGGACGGAAUCGAAUUCGAGCAAUUAAUCUUUGUGGGUUGAAAUGCAUUAAAAAGCUUAGCUUGCAGAGUAAUCGUUUAACUUCCAUGACAGGAUUGGAGGAGUGCAUUGCACUAGAAGAACUAUACUUGAGCCAUAAUGGGAUAGCAGAAAUGGAAGGCCUAUCAACAUUAGUAAAUCUCCGGCUCUUGGAUGUCUCGGCUAAUAAGCUUACAGAAAUUAAUGACAUUGAGAAAUUGGAACAGUUAGAAGAUCUAUGGCUUAAUGACAACCAAAUAACAUCGCUAGAAGGAAUAGAAGAGGCAGUUGCCUGUUCCAGAGAGAAGCUCACUACCAUCUACCUUGAGCGCAAUCCAUGUGCUAAAUCUCCAAAUUAUAUUGCUACUUUGAAACAAAUCUUCCCCAACGUUGAGCAAAUCGAUUCAGAAUUGUUUGCUUAGUAUAUCUGAUUUGACCUGUGGACGAAUUUUGGUAUGAACUUAUACAAAGAGAGGAAGUUAGGUGCUGACACCGGAUAAUUCUCGAGCUUAAUCUCCUAUAAAUCAGUUUUAUAGCUCAACAUGGUACUUCCCGGAGGAGCAACAUUGAAGAAGUUUUAACCUUUUCAAGGAGCACAGAGGUCUGUCUGAGGGACUUGCAACCCAAAAGAAUGUAACAACCUUCUCAUGGAAUCAUUUAUGUUUCUUAUAUUCCAGUAUUAUGUUUUCAAGGAGUUACUAUUUACCAAAAACAAAAAAAAAAAACGUUGCCUUGUUUCUUACGUUGGGGGUUUAAACCAUCUUAAGAUUAAAGCAGCAGUUGAUUGUGGUUAACAAAUCAAAAUUGUUGUUGAUU